AUGCCUGAAGUGCCUUUGCCAUACGAGCCCAAGAGCGAGCCAAUUAAGGAAGAGGUGCCUUACAAUGGCGUUACUUUCUUUACUACCACCUGGAAAGUGCCUGAAAACGUCACUUAUAAGGGUAAAAUCAUCUAUGUCCAUGGCUUCUGUGAGCACUCGAACAUUUACACUCAGUUCUUUGACGACUUGAGCCAGAAUGGUUAUGAGGUGUUUUUCUUUGACCAGAGAGGAGCUGGUGACACGUCUCCAGGUAAGGAGGCCGGUAAGACGGACGAGUUCCAUACAUUUGAUGAUUUGGACUUUAUGAUAAAGAGAAACUUGGAUGCUAGGGAGGACAAGGACGAGAAGUUCAUCUUGGGCGGUCACUCUAUGGGUGGCGGUAUCUCUUUGAACUAUGCUAUCCACGGUAAAUAUAAGGAUAACUUCAAGGGUCUUUUUGUUUCUGGACCUUUGGUCACCUUGCAUGCUAAGACCACGCCUAAUAUCAUCCUUAGAACCUUGCAGCCGGUUAUCAACCGUCUUUUGCCAACCUUCAAGAUCGACUCCAACUUGAGAUACGACUUCAUUACCUCCAACGAGGGCUGGAAGAAGUUUAUCAUGGACCACGAUAAGAGGUUGGUCGGUACCGUUAGACAGUUCAACGAUAUGUUUGAACGUGGCUUGAGAUUGCUCCAGAAGGACCAUGUGGCCAAGUUCAGCCCAGAUAUCAAGUUAUUGGUAUUGCACGGUGACAAGGAUUACAUCAACGAUCCCAAUGGCUCCAAGAAGUUCUUUGCUUUGCUUCCAGACACUGUGGAUAAGAAGUUUGUGGAGGUGAAGGAUGGCCUUCACUCCCUCUUCAUCGAGAGAAAGGAAUUGUACGACGAUGUGUUCGACAACGUGUUGACUUUCUUAAACUCCACUGUCUAA